GGUCGAUGGAGCUUCGUCCACGUAGUCGCCGAAAAAAGUCAUCCACAUGGUCAGCGGACACGUGGUCGAUGGAGCUUCGUCCACGUAGUUGACGAAAAACGUCAUCCACGUGGUCGGCGGAGCUUUGUCCACAUAAUCGAUGCAAGCUUUGUCCGCGUCUCCUAUAGAGAAGCUGAAUCCGUGAUGUGAACGGGAGGUUGGCCAGCCCUACAGGAGCGUGAUGUUUUUUUUUUUUUUUUUUUUUUUUUUUUGCCAGGCCUGCCCAGCUCUAUAUCAGUGUGAGGAGGGACUGGCCCCUGAUGUUUGCAAGGCCUGCCCAGCCCUAUAUCAGUGUGAGGAAGGGGACUGGCCAAGCUGUAUCCAUGAUGUCGAACCCAAGUGGUCGGAACUGCUUUGUCCACGUGGGCGACACAACUUUGUCCACGUGGGCGACACAACUUUGUCCACGUGGGCGACACAACUUUAUCCACGUGGGCGACACAACUUUGUCCACGUGGUCAACAAAGCUUUUUCCACGUGGUGGACUACCGUCUUCCCCCGAAUAGAACGCACGGUUAUUAUGGACGUGUUUGGCUCACAUUUCAGUCCAGAUGCAGCGCAAAUGACCGUACGUUUAUUGGGGGGAAGAAGGUAGGCUUUGUCCACGUGGUGGAUUAGAGUUUGGCCACGUAGUGGAGAAUGCAGAAAUGUGGAAGAACCCCCUACACAAGCUGACACGCAGCAGGUUUCGAUGCGAUGGAGCUUUGUCCACGUCGUGGAGACAUGCAGAAACGUUGAAGAACCAUGCAUGCACACAAGCUGACGCGCAAGGGGUUAGUCGAACCAUCAGAGAGAGAUGAAUCCAUCUCGUCUGAGGGUCUCUACCUCCUCUUUUACGCCUCUGUCUACCACCUAUCUCUCCCAAUAUGACCGUGAUGAAGGCGAUGAUAGUAGACGAAGACAACGACGACGACGAUGACGAUCAUGCGGUCCCUACCCGUCUGUCGACGUCCUCUGCCUUCCCCGGCUGCCACGUAAGCAAAAUGAGACGCCUUGCCGCCGUGCCAUGCCGUGUAGGGGCGAUAGCGUCAACAAUGACGAUGAUGUGGCUGUGUAGGGGCGAUAGCGUCAACAAUGACGAUGAUGUGGCUGUGUAGGGGCGAUAGCGUCAACAAUGAC